AUGACUAUAGCUUUAGAUGCUAAGAACAAAAUCGCUUUCAUCGACGGAUCUAUUCCUCGGCCAAGUGAAUCUAAUCAUAACUUCAGGAUCUGGUCUCGUUGCAAUUCGAUGGUGAAAUCGUGGAUUCUUAAUUCAGUUUCUAAGCAGAUCUAUAAGAGUAAUCUGCGUUUUAAUGAUGUUUCGGAAAUCUGGACUGAUUUGGAAACGAGAUUUCAUAUCACUAAUCUUCCGAGAUCAUACAACUUGUCUCAGCAAAUAUGGUCUUUGCAGCAAGGUUCCAAUGAUUUAGCUACCUAUUACACCAAACUCAAGACUCUUUGGAAUGAAUUGGAUGGAGCUGAAUGCAUAGAAACUUGUCAUCGUUGUGAUUGCUGCAAAGCGACUGCUACUAAGGCUGAGCAUGCGAAGGUGAUUAAGUUCUUGGCAGGAUUGAAUGACUCUUACUCUGUCAUUAGAAGUCAGAUCAUUAUGAAGAAGAAUGUUCCAGUAUUAUCCGAGAUCUACAACUUACUUGAUCAGGAUCAUAGCCAACGGACUAUCAAUCUAGUACAAAAUGCUUCUGCGUUUCAUGUGGCUUCGCCUGAUCAACAGAUUUCGAUCAAUGCUGCAAACUCCAACUAUGGGAAACCGGGUUUACACAAACCUAUAUGUGCUCAUUGUGGUUAUACUGGGCACACUAUUGAAACGUGUUACAAGAUCCAUGGCUAUCCCAUUGGUUUCAAACACAAAGGGAAACAGCAGCCUGAGAAGACUCUUCCGUCUACACCAAAACCUCAAGCUGCUCCAAAACCCGUUGUUGCUCAACUCAGCUUAUCUGCUCAGCGUACUAAUGACAAAAACUUCUCGGGUAUAGUCAAUACACUCUCCAAAGAUCAGAUACAAGAAGUCAUUGCUUAUUUUCAGCUCGCAGCUACAAACCUCCGACCCUCAACAUGCCUCUGCUUCUAA